AUGGCCCCUCUGCCUCCCCAGUAUGGUCUGGUGUUCGAUGCCGGCUCCACGCACACGGCUCUCUACAUCUACCGGUGGCCCACGGACAAGGAGAACGGCACCGGCAUUGUCUCCCAGGUGGAGGCCUGCGCUGUGACCGCUCCUUUCAUAAUGGCCGGCCAGUGCUCCUUCACAGGCCAGUGGACCCACCCGCCAGCGGAGGACACGGUCGGAGCUCUGGACCUCGGCGGGGCGUCAACCCAGAUCGCAUUCCUUCCUGGGACCACCAUAGAUGACAGCAGCACGAGAGCCGUCCUCAGGCUUUACGGCACCAGCUACUCCAUUUACACCCACAGCUACCUCUGCUACGGGCAAAAGCAAGCCCUGAAGAUGCUGAUGGCAUCCUUACACCAGGGCAGCCCGUCCCCCCAGCAGAUAUCGCACCCCUGCUACCCCGAGGGAUACCAGGAGAACGUCACCACGGCAGAGCUCUACGACAGUCCCUGUGUCCGUGCACCGAGCACGCCCAGCCCUGCACAGGUCCUCACGGUGACGGGGACAGGGGAUCCGGUGGUGUGCAGCAUGGCCAUCCAGAGACUCUUCAACUUCAGCUGUGGGGCCAACAGGACGUGCGGGUUCAACGGGGUUUAUCAGCCGCCCGUGCGGGGACAGUUCUUCGCGUUUUCGGGGCUUUACCACAGCCUUCACAUUCAGAACCUGACUGGAGGGCAGCCCCUGAGCUCCGUCAAUGCCACCAUCUGGCAGUUCUGCGCCAGCAGCUGGGACAAGGUACAGAAGGAGUUCCCCACCACGAACAGGACCCACCUCCGUGACGCCUGCGCAGCCAGCUCCUACGCCCUCACCCUUCUCCUGCAAGGCUACAAAUUCAACCACACGACGUGGCUUAACAUCCGCUUCGUCCGGCAGGUCGCUAACGUAGACGUGGGCUGGACUCUGGGCUACAUGCUCAAUCUCACCAGCAUGAUUCCCUCGGAGACUCCCCAGAGAGUUGUAGGGCUCCAGAGAAGCAAGUGGAUAGCAGCCACGGUUUUACUGGCCAUCAUGCUCAUCCUCAUCUUCUGCCUGCUCGCAGUCAUAUGCUGCCAGAAGAACUCCGGUUAUGAGAGUCUCUAA